UCCAGCUGAUGGAACAUAUUUGAAAAAUAGCAUGCAUGAAUUUGAAAAAAAAACCGUGCUAUAGUUCAUGUAUUCCAUAUAUGUGUUAGGCUAUAUAUGUUUCCUGUGAUGCCGCCGCUCCGCUGAUUGACCGCUGGUCGUUGUGUUGAGGUGCGGCUUGCUCUCGGCUGUGCUGCUGCUGCUGCUGCUGCUGCAAGGGGAGCGUCGGUCCACAGCCCGCAGUGCUGUUAUGUGCGGUCGCCCGUUUGUCUCCUUGCCGCUCCAUCUUUUCCACAUCUAAUCCCAUUUACCAGACCACAGAGGAACACAUUUAUAAAGAGCGGCCACCUCCGUACAGACGGGAGGUGAAACUGCCUCCACAGCGCGUCUUUGAAUUGAGGAUUUCCCCUCUGGGUUGUAAGACCAACAAGCGACUGAUGAAGCACCAUGUGGACGCAAGUGUUUUUAUAUGGGGAAGGUGUUGACUCAUUUCUGUGACUGACUACAUGGUUUCUGGAGAUGCAGGUGCCUACAGAGGAUGCCCUUUCACUGACUGGAUAGAGGAAGUUUCAGGAUGCGGUCCCUGAGGAAGACGGUGUUGCUCGCCAUCCUGGUGUCUGUGGUGCUGGUACUUGCUCUCCUCCAUUCGUGGCCCACUCGGGCCUACACCACCGUGGACGUUUGGCAGCGACCGGGGCCAAUUGAAGAGAGGCAUCUGGAGGAGAGGCUCCCAGAACCAGACCACCGAUUAGGAAACAUCCGCUUUCACGUGAGGGACAAUGUGGCAAGCCUGUUGGCACGAAACGGAUGUGUUUGUGAGGGUGAGAGUGGAGGAGUAAACAUGCCCUUCGCCCAAUUCAUGUUCCCGCGGGUGUCAGCUCACCCGCUGCACACCGCCUUCGAGGCCUCUGAGCUGGAGGAAAUGAAGCGGAGACGGGCCAAAGAGUACAAUAGUUUUCAGAAGAGGACACAGUCGCCUGCAGAUCUUCUCAUCAUUGCAGAGGCUAACAAUCCCUUACAGUACCCAACACAAGGGGUAGAGGUACGACCUCUGAGAACAAUCAUCAUCCCAGGCUUGGCCUUACGCAACGUUCCCAGAGACCACUACUUGAUAAACAUCACUGCCACGCUGGGAACGCUAAACGUGGCAGCAGGGGUGGACGGGGUGAAAAUGAAAGGUGACGGCGAGAUGCGCAUGACUUUGUCGAGCAGCCUGCUGCCAAACCUCAACCGACAGCUGCAGUUCGUCACCUACACAAACACACUGUUCCACCCCAGCACAGCAGACACAGUGCAGUUUGAGACCGAGGGGUAUCAAGCCAGCUUCAGUAUCAAGGUCCGUCACGGUGUGACACCCAAACUGUACAACACAGGAUCCAAAGGAGAGUACAAUGUCAGUGCUCUUGUCACCAUAGCUACGAAGACUUUCCUGCGGUAUGAUAAGCUUCAGGAUCUUAUAAACAGUGUGAGAACAUACUAUCCUACUGUCACCAUAGUAAUAGCUGAUGACAGCGAAAAACCCCAAACCAUUUCUGGACCUUACAUUGAACAUUACAUCAUGCCUUUUGGAAAGGGUUGGUUUGCUGGACGAAACCUGGCCGUCUCUCAGGUGACCACAAAGUACGUGCUGUGGGUGGAUGAUGACUUCAUCUUCACAGCCAACACCAAGCUGGAGAAACUGGUGGACAUUUUAGAGAGAACCACCCUGGAUCUGGUGCGGGAUAAACUGUUUGUUCUAAGCGUCCAGGUGGGGGGUGCAGUGCGGGAAGCCACAGGUUACACUGCGACCUACAGACAGACCAUCUCCAUUGAGUCAGGGGAGGAGGAUGGCGACUGUUUACAUAUGAGGAGAGGAUUUCAUCACAUCAUCCAAGGCUUCCCCAACUGUGUUGUGACAGACGGAGUCAUUAACUUCUUCCUGGCUCGCACCGACAAAGUGCAGCUGGUCGGCUUUGACCCGCGCCUCGCCAGGGUAGCUCACCUGGAGUUUUUCAUCGAUGGAUUGGGAUCUCUCCAUGUGGGCUCUUGUGAUGAUGUCAUUGUCAAUCAUGCAACCAAAAUUAGACUUCCCUGGAUCAGCCAAUCAGAGAGCGACAAGACUUACGCCAAGUUUCGUUACCCACCGGCCUCCUCUGACGCCACCCACACGAAAAACGGCCUCCUCUUCUUCAAGAACCGAUUUCAGUGUUUGACUCAUAAUUAGUUCCUCUCCUCUUCAUCCUGAGGGUUUCUCUGCUCUUCCUGAGUUGCCAAAGAAGUUCUCCUCCGCCAGGUCCCUUCAGAUAAGCCUUCAGACACACACUUCGGUUUGCCUUUGAUUGAUACAAAAAACCUGCUGUCAUCGCAGUGUUAGCAUGUUUAUUCUGUCAGUGCUAGAAAGUUCUCAUGCCAAGAAGCCAGAUAGUAAAAGGCUCUCUGGGGAGUAGAACAAGAUCUGUAGUAACAAACACAUCAUCUUGUUGACACAGAAUCGUCGUGAUUUCUUGAAUACAUUUUUUGGGUUAAACCUUAUCUGGCUAUACAUCCUAGAGUUGUUCUCACACAGAUAGCGAGCUUUGUGAAAAACCCAACAAGUCUGAGACACUACAUCGUCAUUCUAGGACAAUGUGAGCAGAGGUACAUGUGUCCUUCAAUAUGCACUAUCCCAAAAAAAAGACGUCUGAGGGCCUGAGAACAAGGACAAGCAGAUACUUCCCAGAAAGUGACAAUCCUGUAGACACGGAGCAUACCGGAGGUAUUCUAUUCACCAAUGCCACAUGAAGAACGCAUUCAGAACUGUUCCACCUGUGGUACCUGUGCUCUGUGCUUGGCUGGUUUGUGCCAAAGGUUUGGCUGCUGGCUUUUGCAAGUUUUUUUUAAUCUCUUUGCAUUAUGGUUCCCCCCCCCCCCCCCCCCCAUCCACCCCCUUUGCCCAGAAUCUCAUAUGUCCUUUAUGAGCGAUUAGUCGCGUCCGUGGAGGAGAAACUUUCUGUCCAAUCACAUCUGGUGUCCUCUGAUCUGGGAGCAGCCUUGUUUUCUUGUCUUCUGCUGUAUGUCACUCUCAACAAACAUCUAAGGAAGUGGAGCGCUUCUGUCCAGUGACCGCUGAUGAAUGACAAUGGAAGUGAUUUGCAUCUUUACAUGCUGCCUGAAACAAGAAGUUGAAUGAACCAAUGUGCAUGUUUUUUUCCCUCAUUAUAAGAUAAGGCAGGAGAAAAAAACAAGCACAGUGAGACAGAAUUAAAAGAGAGUUUGGUGAUGAUUAAACAUCUUGAAACACAGAAUGAGUAUUCGGAGAGGAAAACUGAGAACUACGAGAAACGGUGAAGCACCGGGGCCUGAAGAUCCUGUUUUUAUACGGACUCUUUGGAGAGUUGUUUGUCGAAGACUGUAACACCUACGCCUGAAGUGAUGAUGCUGUUGUUUUAUACCCUGGCCUUUAGAUGCUGCCCUUGUGGCACUCUUUCGUUUUCUAAUAAGUCAAAUUCAGUUUAAAUUAAUUUAUUAGCCAAGAGGUGCCAGAGAUUUAUCAGUUGAUGUUUUGUUUUGUAUCUCAAGAACAUUUUAAAACCACUUUGUGUAAUGUUUCUGUCAGUUAUGCUGCAUUCUUUAUGUUCACCAACAUGUGACGUGAGCUCUGUGGAGAAAGGUCAGAUUGAAUCUUCAUCAGUGUAUGAUGAAAGGUUUUGUGUAAUUGUGUGUUCAAAAACUUAAAAUUAAGAUUUGUAGCUGUUGAUUUUUUAAACUUAUCUUUAUUGUGUUAGAACAGUAAUUAACUUUCCUGCUUCACCCAAAAACCUCUGGUGUGAGUCAUCUGGUCACAUUAUUAAGAGCAUUUUUUUUAUUUAGUUCAAAUGUUGACAUUAAAAUGUCUGUUGAAGCGCAUCUCUUUCAUUGCCCACCCAGGUGAAAAAUAAAUAUGCUACCUAUAUUUUA